UCACAGAGCUGAGCAAAUAGUAACCUUGAGGCUGACAGAUGGGUCCCAUUCGAUUUAUCCAGAGAUGAAAAAGAGAGAAGAAAUCUAGUAAACCUUAUCUGGUAAUCGCUUGGCUUUCCCGUUUCCCGCGUCCGUCCACGGCGCCGAUGCCGUCUGCUCCUCCUCCUCACACUCCACUGGCCGCACCGACGGCCGCCGCCUCCGUCACCUGCUCCUACCGGGAGGAUGAUGACGGCGCCGCCUCAUGGUCGCUCUCCUCCGGCGCACCCUCCUCGUCGUCGUCGCGGGGGCGCCGCCCUCCGCCCUACCGGCGGCUCCUCCACGACGAGGCGCGGCGCCUCCGCCACGAGCGCCGCGGCCAGGGCGCCGGCGCCGAAACGCCCCGGUGGGUGCGCCGCACCGAAGGUCAGAUGGCCCGGUACGUCGAGGACGACCGCGCCGGCCACGUUCACGGCCGCCACGUCGUCGCCGCAGCCCGCGCCGCACGCGCCACCGCGUCCCGCCCACCCGCUGGUGGAUCCACCAUGCGAGAGGCCAUGGCCUCUUUCGUCGCCAAGCUCACCUUCCGCGAGAUGUGCGUCGUCCUCCGUGAGCAGCGCGGGUGGCGCCAGGCCCACGACUUCUUCUCCUGGAUGAAGCUCCAGCUGUGUUACGAGCCCAGCGUGGUCGCCUACACCAUCCUCCUCAGGGCGUACGGCAAUGCCGGCAAGAUUGAGCUCGCCGAGGAGGCGUUUCUCGAGAUGCUCGAGGCCGGCGUGGAACCUGACGCGGUGGCGUGCGGCACCCUGCUGUGCGCGUACGCUCGCCGGGGGAGGCACGGCGACAUGAUGCUCUUCUACAAGGCGACGUGCAGGCGUGGCGUGGUGCCGCCCAUGUCGGCUUUCAACUUCAUGCUGUCCUCCCUGCAGAAGCACAGGCUCCAUGGCAAGGUGAUCCACCUCUGGAAACACAUGAUGGAAAUGGAAGAAGCCAACAAUGUUGUCCCAAAUCACUUCACAUACACAGUUGUGAUCGGCUCAUUUGUCAAGGAGGGUCUCCUGGAGGAGUCCAUGCAAGUCCUGGGGAAGAUGAGGAUGUCCCGGCUUGUCCCGGAGGAGGCGACGUAUAGCAGCCUGAUCAGCUUGAGCGCCAGGCAUGGCAGAGGGGAGCAUGCAGUGAUGCUCUACGAGGAGAUGAGGGCUCAUGGCAUUGUCCCCAGCAACUACACCUGUGCAUCCCUCCUGGCACUCUAUGACAAGAGCGAGGACUACUCGAAGGCGCUCUCGCUCUUCUCGGAGAUGGAGCGGAGCAGGGUUGUCAUUGAUGAGGUCAUCUAUGGGAUCCUCAUUAGGAUCUACGGUAAGAUCGGGCUCUACGACGAUGCGCAGCGCACCUUCGAGGAAAUCGACAAUGCAGGUCUUUUGAGUGAUGAGCAGACUUAUGUGGCAAUGGCUCAGGUUCACAUGAAUGCUGGCAACUAUGAUAGGGCAUUGCUGGUAAUGGGUUCGAUGAGGUCAAGGAAUGUGACGCCAUCGUUGUUCUCUUACAGCUCUCUUCUCCGAUGCCAUGUCGUGAUGGAAGACAUAGCUGCAGCUGAAGAGGCCUUCAGAGCUCUGUGCAAAUAUGGCCUCCCUGAUGUGUUCUGCUGCAAUGACCUACUGAGAUUGUAUUUCAAGCUAGGCCAGCUAGAGAAGGCAAGUGCGUUCAUCCUGAACAUGAGAAAAGAAGAUAUCCAGCUUGAUGAGGCCCUCUGCAUGACUGUAAUGGAAGUUUGCUGCAAAAGCGGGAUGAUUGCCGAUGCGGAUAAGAUACUGAAAGAGAUGAAUAAUGGUGGAGUGACCAUGAAGAGUUCAACAAUGGUUUCUAUGAUAGAGAUGUAUGCUAGAAACAGAACCAGUGUGAUGCAGGAACAAGAUACUUCGCCGAAGGCGCUAGCCUAUCGGACCGACAGUUCGGCGCUGAACGCGACGUUGAAGUCCUUGUUGGACACACCCGGGGGUUCGUCCAUCGCGUGCCAAUUGAUCAGAAAAUUUGCUAGGGAAGGGAGUGCAUGUGUGGCAAAAUUCCUUCAUGAACAGCUGACUGAGUUGGGAGUCAAGCCUGAAGAUUCUGCAACAGCUACUCUGAUUGUCCAAUAUGGCCAGGAACAGAAGUUAGAUCAAGCAGAGGAACUAUUUGAGUCAGCGUCGACAUCGUUUCCAAAAGGAGGGCCUGUCUACAAUGCCAUGGUCGAUGCAUUAUGCAAGUGCGGCAAAAUCGAGGAGGCAUAUCAUCUCUUUAUGAAAAUGGCUGAUCAAGGCCAUAGCAGAGAUGUUGUAACAAUUAGCAUACUUGUCACUCACCUGACCAAACAUGGAAAAUUUCAGGAGGCAGAGAACAUCAUACAUGGCUGCUUCAAUGGUGAAGUUGAGCUUGAUACCGUCGUGUACAAUACUUUUAUCAAGUCAAUGCUUGAGUCAGGCAAACUAUACUCGGCAGCCAGCAUAUAUGAUCGCAUGAUAUUCUCUGGCGUUCCCCGGUCUUUGCAGACAUUCAAUAUAAUGAUAAGUGUUUAUGGCCUAGGAGGAAAGCUGGAAAAGGCUACUGAAAUGUUUACUGCUGCACAAGAGCUAGGUUUACCGAUCGAUGAGAAGCUAUACACAAACAUGCUUAACUUCUAUGGAAAGGCUGGUCAGUCCCUUCUACCUCGCGUAGAGGAAUCAAAGAAGAUUACCCUUUUCAUGUUCGAUGAGUUUUUUUGCCCCACACUCUGGUCAAUUUCUGCAGGGAGACAUCAGGACGCGUCUUUAUUAUUCAAUAGAAUGAAGGAACAAGGUAUCAUGCCUGGAAAGAUCAGUUUCAACUCCAUGAUCAAUGCCUAUGCCACUUCCGGGCUGCACGAUGAUGCAGAGAUUGUAUUCCAGGAGAUGCACUCACACGGUCAAGUUCCUGACUCGAUGACGUACCUCGCAUUGAUCAGGGCAUACUCAGAGAGUAGAUGCUACUCCAAAGCUGAGGAAACCAUCCAGAAUAUGCUGGGCAGCGGCAUAACCCCUUCAUGCCCCCAUUUCAGCCACCUCAUUUUCGCCUUUCUGACGGAAGGCCAGAUAGAUGAAGCUCAGAGGAUCUGCAGCCAAAUGCAGGAGAUUGGUGUGGCUGUUGAUUUGGCCUGUUGCCGGGCAAUGAUGAGGGCGUACCUUGAGCACGGCCGCGUCGAGGAGGGCAUAUCGCUCUUUGAGACAACACGCGGAUCACUGAAACCUGACAGCUUCAUCCUGAGUGCUGCAUUUCAUCUCUAUGAGCAUUCAGGCAGGGAGCCUGAAGCUGGGGAUGUGCUGGACGCCAUGGGUCUACAUGGUGCUUCUUUCUUGAGGAGUCUGAAGGUUGGAACAAAGUUGGGACCAACUCAAUGCUAGAUCCUAUGAAGAUAAUCAUGGCUAUAUACCGUCAAGCUUGCAACCACGCACUACAGGCAUCUUCAGGCAUGUGUGUUCUUCCAUAAAUCUAUUUUCCUACUGAUUUGUGUUACUAGAUCCAGAUGAGCCCAUUGUAUAAGUUGUUUUUGAUGAUCUUGUACUAGUUCUAUCUAAAUGAGGACAACCAAGAUGUUAUAAAAUGUAAAAUUCAGAAGCAAAA